UGGAGACAGUCGCGCAUGCGCCUUUUGCGCACUCCAGCAAAUAAAAACUUUGGCUGAUGAAGACACGAAAACAAGCAACAAGGAUCGAUUACUGAACAUUCGGUGAGAGAGAUGGCCUCUUGCUCUGAGGUUUGUGGGUCUGGUCAUGCUGUGGACUCUGGCUUUCGUGUUUUUGGAGUGCGCUCCUAUUUACACCACUUCUAUGAGGAGUGCACCGCCUCAAUGAGGGAGCAGCAGGAGGAUUUACAGGGCCAGAGAUCAUCACUGCGGUGGAGCUCCAGCCUCUGGAAGGUCACUCUUGUCGUUGGUGUGGUGCUCCUGACAGUGGGUUUGGUGGUCAUGACAGUGGGUUAUGCCAUUCCCACCCGCAUUGAAGCUUUCGGGGAGGGCGAGCUGCUGUUCGUGGACCGCCAAGCCAUGCGCCACAAUCACUCCCUACACAUUUGCGUUCUGGUUGGGACGGGGCUUCUUACUCUGGGCGGGGUUUUGAUGGCGGGAGGGAUCCUGACAUCCAACUUCUCCACCACUCCCACUAAACAGGAAGAUUCUCGAAAAGGGGGAACCAGAGUCCCGAAUGCAGUGAGAAGCCCGGCAGACCCUGUGAUGAAGCCGCCCAGUCCGGCCUCUAGUGAUGGAGGAGUAUCCCCACUCGCUCGGGAUGAUAAAGUUCACCAGAGCUCAUGAGUAAGCUGUUUGACAAUGCCUGUUUUAGAGUGCUGUCAAACUCGGUGAAAGCUCUUUGUUUAUUUUCAUGAGAAAUUUGAGAAUUUUUACAUUUUGUGUGUUUGAUAAAUGUGUAAUUAUAAGAGCCUUAAAUUGGUAAAACAAGAAAUAGAUCAACCUGUGCCAUCUGUUGUCUUGUACUUGUUUAAUUAUUGUCACAGUAAGUUUUGUAUUUUUUUAUAUAUAUUAAAGUAUUAAUUAAAUGAACAGCCACUAAGUGGUUGCAAGGCAGCAGAAGAAAUCUUUGAAGAAUAUAUAUAUAUAUAUAUAUAUAUAUAUAUAUAUAUAUAUAUAUAUACACACUAUC